UUGCGAACAGCGCGGAUAACAUCAAUAGUCGGUAAAUUAUUCCCAGUGCAAUUUUGUAAAUAUAAAAUAAUAAUUCAAAACACAAAAAACGUUCAAAUGAAUACCAUACGUCCAUGUGGCUGCAAAGGUGUACGCACAUGCCUACAGUGUGAAAAAGAUUUCAACAUUCUAAAACCCUCACUACAGAACCAACUGAAAAAAUUGCAAGCGUUUUCAUUUUGCCCAAUAUGUGAGCGGCUCUUUGAAGGCUGGGAUCCGUGGGAGGUGCGCGCUCAACAUCCAGAACACAACAAUGUCGAAGGGUUGCCAUUUUCUGGAAUAUAUGUGGAAGAGCAAUUUCUUAGUACAACUGAGGGUGAAAUGUUAAUACAAAGCUUAGAUGCGUUACCUUGGGCAACAUCCCAAAGUGGGCGUCGCAAACAAAAUUUCGGACCCAAGACAAAUUUUCGACAACGAAAGUUAAAAAAUGGCACUUUUAAUGGUUUCCCACAAAGUACCCGUUUCAUACAGGAGCGUUUACGACAGGUGCCUUUGUUGGCCGACUUUCAAACUAUUGAACAAUGCUCAUUGGAGUAUGAACCGUCAAAGGGUGCAUCCAUUGAUCCACAUGUAGAUGAUUGCUGGAUAUGGGGCGAACGUGUGGUAACAGUGAACUGUCUCGGUGAUGCGGUACUCACAUUGACUGCCUUCGAUGCCUCUGCUACGCCAACUAAAUAUAAUUUAGAUUUGGUGUCGAAAUAUGAUAAACAAUUGAUUUUGCCUUUGAUCGAUAAGGAAGAAUUUGAUUUAUUUAAGGAAAAAGUUAUACGGGUGCCCAUGCCAAACCUGUCUUUGAUUGUGAUGUACGGACCUCCGCGUUAUCAAUUUGAGCACUCAGUUUUGCGUGAAGACAUCAAAACACGUCGAGUAUGUAUUGCUUAUAGGGAAUUUACACCAAUGUAUAUUGAUGGAGAAGACAAAUUGAAGGGCAAUGAGGUAACACUAAAUGCACAGAACUACUGGUUAGACAUGAAAGAAUUGUAAUUUAAGAUAGUGUUAAUAAUCGUAAUCGUUCUUAAAAAUAAAAAAGCUGG